AUGAGCGUUAUCGACCAACCGGUGGUAGUGCAAAGGGUGCAUCGAGUUAUUGUUACUCUAUGGAAAUUGGAAGGGUGGUGUUGGGAGUUUCGGCGUGCAUAUAGUCAGAGGUGGGCCUCAACCAGUCAACCAAUACAACCAGGCAAUUGCAUGAACGUGGCCGCAGAGUCCGCGGGCCUGACAAACGUAUUUCUAUAUUCAGCCACCGAAUCUCCCAAAAGCCAUCUUACUAUAAUUUUUCCCACGAGGCAGCGGCCAAACGUGCCCUGCGCGCGCUAUACAACUACCGGCAUCCGGCGUAGUGCUGUUGGUGCUACGCGUUCGGCUGCUGUGCUCGCUCGCGGGGUCCUAGACGCCCUCCACUUUGUUCCACGCGACCCUCCAGCGACCGUGUUCGGUUUACUCACGAGUUUAGAAUAG